AUGGCUUGUUGGUCUGCAGAAAAUGCCACUAAAGCCUAUCUCAGCACUUUGAAAAUGGAUCAAAAGGUUAAAGAACCAUCAAUUUCUGAAUUUAUAUCAGCAUUAGCAGCUGGAAACAAUGCACAACUAAUGGUAGUAGCUUGUGCUGCUGCAGCUGAUUUAACAACAUUUGCACUAAUUGCUGCUGCUAAUCAAACUAAUGGCAAUGUGAUAUGCAUUGUACCUAACAAUGAAGAUUUACUUGCCUCAAAAUAUUUCUUAGGAGAAGAUUCAAAUAAAGUGAAGUUCAUGAUUGGAAAAGAAGCACAAGAAUUAGAUGUGUUAAACAAAGCUGAUUUUGUGGUAAUUGAUUGUAACCUUGUGAACCAUGAAGAGAUUGUGAAAUUAGUAGAAAUUGGUGAUGGUAAUAAGCAAAGGGAAAUAGUUGUUGUUGGUUACAAUGCUUUUAGUUGUAAAGGGUCAUGGGGAACAUGUAUAUCAAAAACACAAUUGCUUCCUAUUGGUGAAGGGUUGUUUCUGACAAGAUUUGGAGAAAAUAAUGCUAUUAGUCCUAAAUGGAGUGCUCGAAGCCGGUGGAUUGUGAAGGUUGAUAAAUGCACUGGUGAAGAAAAUGUUUAUAGAAUAAAGCUUCCUCAAAGAUAA